AUGCUGCCAAGAGUGGGGAUGAAGCGUAUAUGGCGCUUAACGUCGAUACAGACGCGCGAGAAGAUUACGGUUCCGACCUCUGGAAGUGCCGGAAGACAUGGUCGUCUGAAGCCGAAAGUAUCGACAGACAAGUUCACAGCACUGUCGACGGAGUUUUUCGACCGUGUGGAAGUUGCAAUGAAGCCGCUUCACCCGCCGAUCAAUGACGAGUUCCAGCUUCAACGUGAUGGAAAUGGCGGCGAGCUUGUAAUUCGCACGAAUGCUCAGGAGUUCAAGAUUAAGGUGCUGACGUCCAAGCAGCAGAUUGAAUUGUUAUCUCCGGUCUCAGGUUUGCGCACAUACCAUUGGAACGCGAUGACGAAACGGUGGGAAGACGUGGCCGACUCCCACGAUAUUGAAGGACUUCUUACGCGCGAUUUGAUGCGCUUUUGCGCUGGAAUUCCACUCUUCUAA